CGGUCGGUCAGCGCUGUCGUGCAUCUAUUACGUAGGCGGAAGCCCCGCCCCCAUUAGCUAGCCUUGAUGCUAGUGGCCGUGCUAGCUUGGUGCAGCAGCUCGCCACGCACAAACAGGUGACUUCCAGCCAGGUGUGUUGCAGCGCUGGUUCCCGCCAUGGGACCCGAGCGAGUCUUCCCGACCGCAGAGGACGAGGACAAGAGUCCGUGCGACGGCGGCGGACUGGCGGCGGGGAGUGUGUGGAGCGGCGAGGAGGAGGAGGGCGGGGUGCAAGUGGAUUUGGAGGAGGACGACGCCAACAACGCGGCAGAAGGUUACUCAUACCAGCCUCUCAGCCAGGACGUGGACGACGGCGGGGAGGCGCCCUCUCAUGGCGCCAAUCUGCAGAACAGGAUGGAGGUGAUGGGCCUUCACCUCCCUGAAGCCCCGCCCCCCGACAGCGAUGAGGAGGAGGACCCGGUAGGGGCGGCGGCAGAGAGAAGCAACGCCUCCAUUCCAAUGGACGAAGCUCACGUGGAGCUGGUGAAGAGCGCCAUGGCGACGGUGGCGCUGCCGUCGCUGGCCGUCCCGCCGUGGGCCCAGGAGAUCUCUGACGACCAGUGGCGGGACGUCGUGCAGCGCACCCUGCAGAGCCGCCAGCGUACGCGCUUCAACAACACCUGAGUGGACCCGAGUCGGCGUCAGGACGGCAAUGUUACCAAAGCACAUUUGUGAGGAUGGAUUUCUCUGACAAAAUGUCAAAUCAUUCCUCAAAUGUCACCUUUUGUGAAAGUCUUAAAGCGGGGUGUCCUAUCUUUUUGACCUGGGGGCCGCAUUGGGCUAAAACCUUUUUACGGGGGCCGAAAGCAAGUAAAGUCAAAUUAUAUAUACACAUAUGUAUUUAGCCCCUACAUAUGUGUAUAUAUUUAUAAAUAUGUAUAUUAAAGUGCAGUUGUGUCCAAACUACGGCCUGCAAAUUGACAUAAGUUCAUCAAAGCGUGGCGGAGUGCUUUCUAAUUCAUCUAAAAUACCAGGUGGCUAUUGAUUGCUACUUAUUUGCUGCCAUCUUGUGGUAAAUACAAGUAAAUUGGAUCAAUGACACUUGAAAGAAGUUAGGAAUAAAAGAACAGCAUUAUAUGACCCAUUCCAAACAACCUUCCCUAGUCAUGGUGCAAAAAAAAAAAAGCAACUAACACAAACUGUUCACCGAACUUUGUGGAUAUUAGAGAAAAUGUCCAAAAACCGUAAAAACAUUCACACCAAUUUAAAUCAUUGCAAGGCGUGAUGGGAAAAAUGCAAAACACUCUCUCCACACUUAUCCACAUUUGGCACAUUUUAGCUGAUUGAUAAAACUUUAGGGAGGUGGUCACGGAAUUUAACAAAGUAGGAGUCCAUUUACUUUACUAGUUACUCUGCUUUUGGGCACCCUGUUAUAAUGGAUAUACAAUUAAUAUUUGUGAAAUUUCGACUUGUACCUUGUUUACUUCUGUGACGACCACCUUUUAAAGUUUUGUAAUCAAGCAGCUAAAAUGUGCCAAACAUGGAUAAGUGUGGAGUGUUUAGCAUUUUUCCCAUCAUGCAUUGCAGUGGAUGUCAAUUGAUUUUUUUUUUGUAAUAUCCACAACGUUCAGUGAGCAUCUGGUGUUGUGUGUUGACUUUUUGUGCACUAUGAGUGGAAAAGGUUGCGUGUGACCAUGUGUGUCGACUUUUUGUGCACUACGAGUGGAAAAGGUAGUUUGGAUUGGGUCAUAACUAAAAAUGCUGUGCUGUGUACACUUCAAUGUUCAUGGUCAUUCAACUGAAUUACUCCCUUUGGCCACAAGAUGGCAGUCCAGUUUUCCUUUUAACCUCGUGACGUACGGCGGGCCGUAGUGCGGACGCCCCUGUCUCAGUGUAUUUGUAUCGUUGUGUGUGAGACGUUCAGCAUCGGGUGAUUUGCAGGUGAGGGUUUUGUUUCGACUUUGAUGGCGAUUAGCGACAAUAAAUAAAGAAGACGGUUUCUUUCUCCUGGACAAA